AUGGUGCUGCAUCUUAGGCUUCCGCCUGGAACAUUGCCUGACCAUCUUCAGCAGGCAGAAGCGGAAGAAAAACACCGUCAAUGGGUGUGGGAGAAACUGCGAAGAAGACGACUGGAAGUGCUGAUGGAAGAAAAUCUCCACGAGCGGAAAACAGUCUGCUUGUCGGAGAUCGGAAAUAAUGCCGAUGACUCCGAGAACGACACCGACACCGGUGCCGACGACGACGACGACGACGACAACAAAGACGACGCCGAAAACGCCGAUAACACUGACGACGACGACGAAGACGCCGAUAACGCCGACAAUGAGAGCGGCAAAGACUCCAAUAAAGACGAGAUUGAAGAUUCCGCCGAGGAAGCGGAAGAAGGGUCGGGAGGUGAUUAUUAA